CUGAUUUUAUUUUUUGUUUACACAUCAUUACGCGUUUAUUACUGGCUAAUGAAAAAAAUAAAUAAACUCCAAACCGACGUUUUAUUUUUUUUUAAUUCAAGAAAACUUAUGAGCAUACAGUCAACUGAUCUCUGGGCGUCAAAGUUUAAAUAUUGUAACUAUAACGAUAAGUAAAUCUCAGCUGAUAUCUUUUCAUUUCAGUCCGCUGCAGUGCAGCUGCAAGUAUCAGCGACAGCAACAGCACAUGUCAACAUUGUCAGCAGCUAAAAUAGUAUUCAAAAUCCUGUCUGCACGUGUAAGUAGGUAUUCGUGGUUUUUUUCCUUCAGUUUUUUGUAUAUCUUGCACACAGGAUCUGUGUGUGUCGGAGGUAUACGUGUUGUUAGUUGUGACUAAUUGUGCUCGACUAUCAGUUAUUACGUUGUAUGAUCACAUGAUAAGGCGUGCAAGUCAUCAUUAUCAUAGGAAGUGGCCGCUGACAGUAGCAAUCGAAAUCUUGUUAUUACGUUGUGGUUUGACGAGCAACGGUUGUAAAAAUUUUUAUUUGCGAAAUUAUUGUUUUUUUGUAACGAUGUCGUUUGACAAGUGUCUCUUUAGCACUGGAAACAUUCUCUCUUUGAAUGAGCUGAAGAAAAAAGCAGGUCUUAAUUCUGGUGAGGAGCUGAUUGAAGCAUUGAAAAUCACUUCUAAAAUUUCUCAAGGCCAAGGUGAUGCUUUAGAUAAUUGCAAUGAUGCAGACACAAGUUCAGAAAACGUGGAUAGGAAGGAGAUGAAAAUUACUGCCAAGAUCUUUCUGUCAACAUCAGAUUCAAAAGCUUUGCAGGAAGCCCUUGAUCAAGUGUGUGAAAUUUUAAAAACUGAUACAAUAGAAUCAUUAGUAAUAGUUCUCAACAAAUCGGAUAACGCUGAUGAUUUGUUGCCGUCACUACAACGUUUGUGGACAAUCAUUGAAGAGUAUUCCAAAAAUGGGAAGUUGAUGAGUGUGGGAGUUAGUGAUAUGGAUACAGAAAAAUUCAUUCAACUGUACAAUUGGACAAACGUAAAGCCAAAUAUAAUUCAAAUUAAUCUAGCAACGUGCUGUGUUGUACCACCAGCUCUUCAAGAGUUUACAAAACAAAACGACAUUCAACUAUUGACACACAGUGAUCCAAACCCAAUUCUCACAANCAAACUAUAUAUAUUUUCUUACUUUGAUAAAUGGUACUCGUACUGUGCACAAAUUCCGAGCACAAUGUUGCUUAUACCCUGCAUCGAAAAAUGUCAACCCAAUAACGCCAAAAACGCCUUUUUUAACGCACCGUGUUGUGUUCAACCUGAAAAAUCAUCAAUGUAG